CCCAGACGGUCAGACGGAGCACGCGACACAGCGGGCAGUUCCUCAGAUUGCUGGCGUGUUUGAGGCCUAUGACUCAGGAAGCGGCCGUCGUAGACGAGGAGCGGAUAGCCGGGUCAGAUGUUUUGGCUGAUUGAACGAGAGACGUGAAUUGACUUGCUUCUGUCAACAGUGUCAGCUCAUCAAUCCAAUUCAGGUGUUUGGUGCCACUGAUGUAUUAAGAGACGUCUGGGGUGGUCAGCAUGGAUCAUGACACAGGAUUUAGGUGUUGACUUGUGUUAUCUUAUUACCUUGAACAUCAAUGAAAUGAGAUAAGGGAGACAGCUAGAGGAGCCUUGCCCCUCAUGUCACCUUUUUAAACCAUGGCUGGCCUAAAACUCAUCACCCCUGCAACAUCAUCCAUGGGGCCCUUUUUUGCUCUUCCGUGGCAGCAGGAGGCAAUCCAUGACAACAUCUACACACCGCGGAAGUACCAGGUAGAACUUCUCGAGGCAGCUUUGGAACAUAAUACUAUUGUAUGCUUGAACAGUGGCUCAGGGAAGACAUUUAUUGCAGUACUGCUAACAAAAGAACUCUCACACCAAAUACGUGGGGAUUACAAAGAGAAUGCAAAAAGGACUAUAUUUCUAGUGAACUCAGCUUCCUCUGUUGGCCAGCAAGCAACAGUCAUCCGCACUCACUCUGACCUCCAGGUGGGAGAAUAUACAGAUUUAGUGGGGAGUUUGUCAUGGACAGACGAACAGUGGACUCACGAGAUUGCCAGUCACCAGGUCUUGGUAAUGACUUGUCAUACAUUUCUCCAGAUAUUGAGAAAUAAAGUCUUACCUCUGUCACAAAUAAACCUUGUGGUUUUUGAUGAUUGCCACCUGGCGAUCGCAGACCAUCCUUACCGCAAUGUCAUGGAGCUGUUUGAUGGCUCUUCCUGUCCUCGUAUCCUGGGUCUCACAGCUUCCAUUCUCAAUGGCAAGUGCAACCCAUCGAAAUUGGAGGAGAAGAUCCAGAAUCUUGAGAGAAUCUUGAAAAGCAAUGCUGAAACUGCAACUGACCUCGUGGUCCUUGACAGACAUGCCUCUCAGCCACGAGAGGUUGUGCUGGACUGUGGAACCUAUUUGGAUGAGAGCGGUCUGUCCUCCUGUUUGCUGCGGGAGCUGGAUGGUGCACUUGACUUUCUCAGUGACUGCAAUAUCGCUGUUCCCAUUGAAGAAAAGGAUCCCACUUUGAUUUCUAAGCAGAUUCUUUGCGACUGCCGAGUUGUCUUGCAAGUGCUGGGACCUUGGUCUGCAGAUAAAGCAGCAGGCAUCAUGGUUCGUGAACUGCAGAAGUACAUCAAACAUGAGUUGGAUGAUUUCAAUCGCAGAUUCCUGCUCUUCACUGAAACCAUUCUGCGUAAAAUUCAUGCCCUCUGUGAGGUGCACUUUUCUCCUGCCUCCCUGGACCUCAGAUUUGUCACGCCAAAGGUCCUCAAACUGUUGGAGAUUUUGCAUGAAUACAAGCCUUUUGAGAGGCAGCAGUUUGAGAGUGUAGAAUGGUACAACAAUCGGAAUCAGGACAACUAUGUCUCAUGGAGUGACUCAGAAGAUGAAGAGGUUGAGACAAAAGAAAGGCCUGAGGCAAACUUCCCUUCUCCUUUUACCAACAUAUUGUGCGGAAUCAUCUUCGUGGAGAGGCGAUACACAGCUGUGGUCCUCAAUCGUCUUAUCAAGGAAGCAGGGAAGCAAGAUCCAGAACUGGCCUACAUAAACAACAACUUCAUUACUGGCCAUAGUAUUUGCAAGAACCAGCCCCGUAACAAGCAGAUGGAGAUAGAAUUCAGGAAACAAGAGGAGGUGCUACGAAAGUUCCGGGCACAUGAAACCAACCUGCUUAUUGCUACUAGCAUUGUGGAGGAAGGAGUGGACAUUCCAAAGUGCAACUUGGUGGUGCGCUUUGACCUCCCAUCAGAGUACCGGUCAUAUGUCCAGUCUAAAGGCAGAGCCCGGGCUCCUGUCUCCAACUACAUUAUGUUGGCAGAUAGUGAGAGGACAAAGUCCUUUGAAGACGAUCUCUCAACAUAUAAGGCCAUAGAGAAGAUUUUGAGGAACAAGUGUUCAAAGUCAGUGGAGGUGAGUGAGUUUGACACUGAUCAAGAGUUUGAUGAUGACAACAUUCUCCCACCCUAUGUUCUUCGAUCUGAAGAUGGAGGUCCCCAGGUAACCAUCAACACAGCUAUUGGGCACAUUAACAGGUAUUGCGCAAGGCUACCAAGUGACCCUUUUACCCAUUUGGCGCCAAAGUGUAAAACUGUGGAGACACAGGAUGGAAAGUUCCAGUCUACACUUUAUUUACCCAUUAAUUCUCCACUGAGGACCCCUGUUCAGGGUCCUGAAAUGAGUUGUGUCAGACUGGCAGAGAAAGCGGUUGCUCUUUUAUGCUGUGAGAAACUACACAAAAUGGGUGAGCUGGAUGAUCAUUUGAUGCCAGUGGGAAAGGAAACUGUUAAGUAUGAAGAAGAACUUGACCUUCACGAUGAAGAGGAGACUUGCGUUCCGGGCCGCCCUGGGUCCACCAAAAGGAGGCAGUGCUACCCCAAAGCUAUACCAGAAUGCCUACAGGACAGUUAUACAGAGCCAGAACAGACUUACUACCUGUAUGUGAUUGGGAUGGUCCUGACUACCCCGCUUCCUGAUGAACUCAACUUUCGACGCAGGAAACUCUAUCCCCCAGAGGACACCACCAGGUGCUUCGGCAUCUUGACUGCUAGACCGAUACCUCGAAUCCCAUAUUUUCCGGUGUACACUCGCUCAGGGGAGGUGACGAUCUCUAUUGAGCUGCAAAAAUCUGACUUCAAACUCACGUCGGGACAGCUGGACCUCAUCACACGCCUGCACCAAUACAUCUUCUCCCACAUUCUCCGUUUGGAGAAACCUGCCCUGGAGUACAAGCCCAUGCUGGCAGACUCUGCUUAUUGUGUUCUACCACUGAAUGUUGUUGGGGAUUCUGAUGCUCUAGACAUUGACUUUAAAUUCAUGGAGGACAUUGAAAAUUCAGAGGCUCGCAUUGGCAUUCCCACCACUCAGUAUACCAAACAAAACCCCUUUAUUUUCAAGCUGGAGGACUACCAGGAUGCUGUCAUCAUUCCAAGAUACCGUAACUUUGACCAACCUCAUCGUUUUUAUGUGGCUGAUGUGUAUACAGACCUGACACCUCUCAGCAAGUUUCCAUCACCUGAAUAUGAGACUUUUGCUGAGUACUACAAAACAAAGUACAAUCUGGACCUCUCUAACCUGAACCAACCACUCCUGGAUGUCGAUCACACAUCCUCUCGAUUAAACCUGUUGACACCUCGUCACUUGAAUCAGAAAGGAAAGGCUCUGCCGCUCAGCAGUGCUGAGAAAAGGAAGGCUAAAUGGGAGAGUUUGCAGAACAAGCAGAUCCUAGUCCCAGAGCUUUGUGCCAUCCACCCCAUCCCUGCCUCUCUGUGGAGGAAAGCAGUGUGUCUGCCUAGUAUUCUUUACCGCCUCCACUGUCUGUUGACUGCUGAGGAACUCCGAUCCCGAACAGCCAAAGAAGCCGGAGUGGGCUCUGAGACUCUACCCCCUGACUUCAGGUAUCCAAACCUGGACUUUGGCUGGAAACAAGCAAUUGACAGCAAAAUAUUGAUCUUUGCACUUGAGUCCUGCUCUGUUGACAGUGGUGACUGCUCCACCUCUUCAGAACAAUUACACCACGAAUCCCCUCACCCCAUGUAUCAAAGUCCUCACAACUCUGCCCUGCCUGAGGAAAGCACCUGCUCCAAGAGCCACAUGAAUGGUAGCACCCUUGUUACAAAUCUUAGCAACAGGGUUUGUCCACCAAGGGAGAGUCUUUACCAACCUGAAAGUUGUUCACUUGCUCUCAACAACUCUCCCGUUAAGCUAAGUUCUGAAUCAUUGCAAUGCCCUACCUCAUUUUCUGUGAAACCCUGUCAGAGUCUGAAUAAUCCAAGUACAAGUCCUCAGCAGCAUAGUAAUGAACAGACACCCAAGAAGUUUUCUGAGCACACAAGUAUAUCUACCUCUAUCAGCUUCAAGAACCCCAACACUCCCUCUGCUCAGAACACAUGCACAGUAGAAACAAUUCCUUCUUUGGAUGUCAAUCCAAUUGCCCCGUCGAGAGACAUGACACCAACCUUCCACAAGAGCCUGGGUCCCAACCCGGGUCUCAUACUGCAAGCAUUGACCCUGUCCAAUGCCAGUGAUGGUUUUAACCUGGAGCGACUGGAGAUGCUUGGCGACUCUUUCUUGAAGCAUGCAAUCACUACUUAUCUCUUCUGUACCUACCCUGAUGCCCACGAAGGCCGACUCAGCUACAUGAGGAGUAAAAAGGUUAGCAAUUGCAAUCUCUACCGCUUGGGGAAGAAAAAGGGACUUCCAAGCAUGAUGGUGGUUUCUAUCUUUGACCCCCCUGUCAACUGGUUGCCUCCGGGGUAUGUAGUCAACCAAGACAAGUGCAGCACUGACAAGCUGGAUUUAGAAGAGUCUCUAGCCAAUGGGAGUUCUGAAAACUGUGAGAUGGAAGAAGAAAAUGAUGCACCAAGUGAGCUGAUGAUGCAAGGAGAGCCAAAGGAUGAAGCCAGCAUGGAGGAUGACCUGGAGUACUACAACGAACACAUCAAGUUCAUAGACAACAUGUUGCUAGGAUCAGGAGCAUUUGGAAAGAAGAUUUCUCUUGGUGGCCUGCCUACACCCGUCUCUCCUGCAAACCCAUCUCUGUCUCUGGCUUCUCCAUCUGAAUGGAAGUCCCCCAAGUCGCCGCUUAAUUCUGCUAUUGGUAAAUACCACUUGGAGACGGUUUCCAGUGGACAUUCUGUUGAGGAGUUUGACUACAGCUGCUGGGAUGCUAUGUGUUACCUUGACCCUACCAAGGCCAGUGAAGAAGAUGAUUUUGUGGUGGGUUUUUGGAAUCCAUCGGACGAAAACUGUGGAAAUGAACUUGGCAAACAGUCCAUAUCUUACGACCUUCACACAGAGCAGUGCAUUGCUGACAAGAGCAUUGCUGACUGCGUGGAGGCUCUGUUGGGUUGCUAUUUGACAAGCUGUGGUGAGCGUGCUGCCCAGUUGUUCCUCUGCUCAUUGGGCCUCAAGGUUCUACCACUUGAGCAAUCCAGCCAAGCAUCAGGAAUGGCACAGCACCAGAACUCAACACUGGACCAGUGCUAUGGUUGGCUUAAGAUCCCACCCCGUUGCAUGCUGGACCAUCUGGACACUAAGCAACACCUUCACCAUUUAAUCUCUGGAUUUGAGAACUUUGAAAGGAAGAUUAACUAUACAUUUAAAAACAAGGCCUAUCUCCUGCAAGCUUUCACCCAUGCUUCGUACCAUUACAACACCAUCACAGAUUGCUACCAGCGUUUGGAAUUUCUUGGUGAUGCAAUUCUCGACUACCUCAUAACAAAGCACCUCUACGAAGAUCCCCGGCAACACUCCCCGGGGGUGCUGACCGAUUUGCGUUCAGCACUGGUCAACAACACCAUCUUUGCCUCCCUAGCUGUCAAAUAUGACUACCACAAGUACUUCAAGGCAAUUUCACCUGAACUUUUCCAUGUCAUUGAUGACUUUGUUCAGUUUCAACUGGAGAAGAAUGAGAUGCAAGGCAUGGACUCUGAGCUGCGGCGCUCUGAGGAAGAUGAAGAGAAGGAGGAGGACAUUGAGGUCCCCAAAGCCAUGGGAGAUAUUUUUGAGUCUCUUGCUGGAGCAAUUUAUAUGGACAGUGGAAUGUCAUUGGAAAUAGUUUGGCAGGUGUAUUUUCCAAUGAUGAGGCCACUUAUAGAGAAGUUCUCCGCUAAUGUGCCUCGUUCUCCUGUGAGAGAGUUGCUGGAGAUGGAGCCAGAGACUGCUAAGUUCAGCCCAGCGGAAAGAACCUAUGAUGGGAAAGUCCGGGUGACAGUGGAGGUUGUCGGGAAGGGCAAGUUCAAAGGUGUCGGCCGCAGCUACAGAAUCGCCAAGUCUGCUGCGGCACGGCGAGCACUACGCAGCCUCAAAGCCAAUCAACCUCAGGUCCAAAGCAACUGAGCUCCUCCCUGCAGAAAUUUGAUGGUGUUGAACCUGUGCUCCUGGUGCAACACCAGCCCUGAGGCUCACCCACACGUCGCCUCACUUGUCUCCAGACUGUAACGGCUGAACUUGACACAAGCAAGUCAAGACGGGAAGUUGUGACAUCAUAAGCAAACUGAUCUCAAGAACUUAUUUUAUAUGGAAUCUUUCUUUGCGCAAAUACAAUCUAUAUUUUCUCUUCAUGCUGUGUGGUAUUACUGCUUUUUUAAAUGUUUAGGUGUUAAGUCUUUCUUUUUUCUUCUCUCUCCAAGUUCUAAUUAUUCACUGAAAUGUGUUCAUCCUCAGAAGAAGGCUGAGAUGGCGAUCAGAUGCCACAAGGGCAAAACAUGGCGGUGCCUCACUGAAGCGUGUGGAGCAUUAUUCCUGACACUUUUUGCACUUGGUCCAUGAGGGUCGGUCAUUCUUCAGGCUGCACUUGCAGUGACGACAAAUUGUAUGUAGCACAGAAAAUAUAUCAAAUAGAUAUAAAGUAAGCGAGUGGUAUGUUUAGAUUUUUUUGCCAAGGUUAAUUCUCUGCUCAAUGGAUUAGAAUCUUGACAUUCCUACCGAAAAUACUAUGUAUGAUUUGCCAUGUUGGCUCAUGUAAACUGGCAUCUUGAGUGCUAUAAAUCUAUAGAUGUAUCUUCCGAAGGAAUUAUGAUUUUAUGGCAUUUAUUGUGUUCAAAAGGUGGAUGUCAGAAGUGGGAUUAUGGGUUGGUGUUCGCUAAAUGUUGUAUGAGGUCGCAACUCAUCCACUUUAGAAAGAAUUGAGUUGCAAUAUGUUUCAUACGUCUCUAUGAAAAAGAGUCCAGUGCACUGACUUGUGUUCUUCACACCGCUCAGUUAACCAAAGCUGGAGCUCAGCUGACAAUGUGGUUUGAGAAAAUCCUUGUUUGUGUUGCUCUCGCUUGAGCUUCUUAUCAGUCAACCCUCACUGAAUACCUCAGUUCAAUGCAUGCAUAUUCUUAUCUGAAUUUUCUUUUCUCCUUUUUAUUUGGUGCUAUGUUUUGUACAAUGCUUGAAUUUUAUUUUAUUUUUUCAAUAUUUUUGCACUGUUACUGUAAUACCUCUUUUUUUCUCUCUCUCUCUCUCUCUCUCUCUCUCUCUCUAUCUAGGAUGUCAUGCUUUAGAAGGUGUGUUGCCCCUUAAACGCCAUAAGAUUUCUUGGUCUAGUUGGAUAAUGAUGUGCUUGCUUAUCCUUAUUAUGAGAAACCUGAAUUAAUCCGGACUGUCACAUGUAUUGGAGCUCAUUAAACACUUAUAACCAGACACGAUGGAAUUUUUCACUCUAAGUGAACGGGUUUAGCAUUGAGUGGAUCUACGAAGUGAUGUUGAAACCAUGAUGAACUAAAAAAGACUAACAAAUCUUGAGUCUAAAGACUUUUCUGUGAUCUACUCUGAAUUCAGCCAUUAAGAUUCCACAUCCGCUCUUCAAUUUGACUGGUCGAGAUAAAUUCAGUCCCAUUUGUGUUUUUAUCACCUUUUAUUGCAAUAUUUCAUAUGUCACUUGUUCAAGAAGCUUUAAGGCUGUGAAGUCAUGUUGAAAAUAGUUUUCUCAGAGAGAUGCCAUCUUCAGAAAACACACACGUUGUCCGGCAGCCACUAUUGGCGACUGAGACAUUGACGUUUUGUAGAAAAAGACAAGGAACUUUUGAAGUUAGUGCUGAGCUUGUGGAAGUCAUGUUGUAUUUCAUUGGCAUUGUCUUCUUCUACAUGUCGCACAAUUGACCACUGCACUUGGGAACCAUGUUUUACCUCAUGUCGAAGUGUGUAAUAACAGGAAAAGAAUCAGUGAAAAUAAUGUAUAAUGCCAUUUUUUUUUCUGAAUGAGACUAACCUUUUCAAGGGCGAACAUUCAUGUGCCUGUGAGAUGACACUGUAAGGAAAUGAAGAAUGUGGGUUCGAUGCCUGGAUAGAACAUGCCUUAAUGCACUUGAUGGAGAGGACAAAGGUGUCAGGGCCAGCCAUAUAUUCAAAAACACACUGGUAUUAAAAAAAAAAAUAAAAAUGAUUGACCAAAUUUCAAGGGAAAUUUUCUGGUAAUGUCUGAGAAAGUAACAUGAAUGAAAAAUUGCCGGCACUUUUCCAUGCUGGAGUUGACUCACUGCCACAUUCAUGCAGGGCACUCCUUGUUUGUGAUUCUUUUUGUUUCUACUUCAAGUGGAACAAGAUUUGUGUACUACCUCAACAAACACUUGCUUUACUGCACCCUCAAUAGUAUCUCUUUUUUUUUUUUUAUCUGACAGAAGUAACCAGCACUCCUCCUGCUCUUUGUUGUAUCAGUAGAAGUAUCCCACCCAGUUUUUCCUAGUCAAUCUUUCCUUUGUGACGUUUGGUGUGGACGAGCAUUAACCCACAGAGGAGCUUGGUGUCACCUGGUCGUGGAACACGACACAGAGAAACAUUGUGCGAAUAAAUUUCAUGCCGUUGAUCGUCACAUGUCAAUGGAACUUUUGUGCUGUAUCUCCGGUGGUCGGUGGGCUGCACCUUUUCAUCACUUACGUUCAUUUUUGUUUUAAUUUUAAUUAUUGUAACAUAGUAAUAACUCAAUAAAUGCAUCAGUA